UUUCCACGAUUAGGGUUUAUACGCUAGGCUAGGAGGUCUCGCGCUCGCGGAGCUAUGGCGGCGGCAUCGGGCAGCGGCGAUGGAGGAGGAGGCGCCGCCGUGCUGCUGAGCCGCUUGUCCGAGGAUCUCCUGGUCAACAUUUUCUCGCGGAUGGAGGAGGAUCCGCGGCAUUUGGCGGUGCUGGCGUGCGUGUGCCGGCGAUUUGGGUACGUGAUUCGGAGCUUUUGCUGGCGGAAUCAGUGCAUGAGGGCGCUGCCCACCAUCGUGCCCGAGGUGCUAGAGCACGGCCAGGCCCGCCAGGAUCACCAGGACCAGCUGGGAGAGCCAGCCGGGGGAUGGGCGACUCUGUUUAGGAUCUUGGUUUGCUGCCCGGGCCUCGACAGCGCUGGGGUGCUGCUAGAUAGCUGGGAUUUUGGGCUGGAAAGAGAGCUCGCUGGGGGUGGCGAUGACGAUCACACCAGGAAUGGUGACGAGCAUCGAUCGAAGAAGCGGAUCAAGCUUGUUGGAGCUGGGCCUCACGUAGCUUCCGGAUCCCCCACAUUCUCGAGAGAGCUGGGAAACAAGCUGCUGGCCAGCCGGUUCCGGACGGACAGCCUCUACCUCUGCGACUGGCCGGGGUGUGUCCAUUCGGAGGAGCGACGGAAGUACAAGCUCUUUCGUGGGAUCUUCAAGGACUUCAAGGCGUCACAGGUGUGUCGGAACUUGCGAGAUCUCAAGGCCAAGAAGACUGGCGAGAGCUGUGCGUUUUGCUUGGCGCCAUCAAUGUGGGAUAUGGUGACGAGCUUCUGCUUGAGACGAUCGCUCGAGUAUCACGACGAUGGCGAGCCUGUGGUCCGAGCUUAUGUCUGCGAGAAUGGACACGUCUGUGGUGCCUGGACGGACCAGCCAGCGUCUUACGUCCUGUGAGAUCUUCCAGGCGCGCGGCCAGAGCGGAAGGGCAGUGCAUAUAAACGUUCUUCUAUAGAUGGUGAUCCUUGACAAUAGUCUUUCUUCAAAGAGAUCUACGCGAACUUCGGCACUUUAGAGCCGAAGAGCAGCAGCUUCUCCUUGAUGGCGUCGGCCUCGCUUCCAUACUCCUUGAAGCAGAAGUACUCUUCGUGGAGCAUGUCCGGGGGAACUUUGCCUUCGCUGUAACACACGGAACACAGGUUGAAGUUGGCGCUUACCUCUCGGAAGCGGGGGCCAACGAUCUCGUAGCUGCAAACCGAACAGUUGAUCCCGUUGUGCCG